AUGAGCGUUACAACAAGCUCAGCCAACGUUGAGCCGCCGCCGCUGCUGUUCGGUCAGCGCUCGCCGACACCGCCUUCCUUCGCCUCCUUCCCCCAGAGUACGCCGCAGAGCCCGACCAGCCCGCGAGCUCACCCACCGCUGCUCCCCGACAACCCCGACAUGAACCACAACAACCUGCUGCCUCCUGCGCCGAGUGCAGAUCAGAGUGAUAGCGAGGACUCAGACAUGGACGACACAGACGGCUCCUCUGUGGAGCCGUCUGCACACUCGAUCCGGUCUGGCGCACCUUUGGACCUGGCACACCCCCCCAGUGUGCCUGCCAUGACACUGCGCGAGGAGCAAGACGCCAUGGACACGUCCCCGGACCCGCCUGGCAGUAUUGCCUUUGGCUUUCCAAGCGGCCCGCCUUUAUCUCUUGAUAAUCUUGACAGCGCGCCUGUGCCUCCGCCACCAGCGACUGCAAACGAGCACCCAACACCCACGAUUCGGGAGAACCUCACCCGUGUGAACUCGCGCGGUAGCUCUAUUGACAGCGGUGGAGAUCCCCACGAUCAGCCUCUAGAGCCGCCGCCGCCACCACCACCUGCUCUCGCUCCUCCGCAAUCGGCACCUGAUUCCCCCCGUGCUGUAGAUGCAGCCGGCGAACAGGAAGAGACCUCGGAUGACGACGAAGAUGCGCUCCCCCCUUGGAGGGAGCUCAAGGAGGACACAUCGGUGCCGGAUGAGGAUGAACUUAGGGAAAUCGAGGCAAUGGGCGAACACAGCGCACUGGAUGGUGAGUUACUUCAUUCCGCACCCUCUUUCACUUUCCACGUGCUGAAGAAGACAACUGUAGAUGAGUAUUGGCAACAGAGAACGUUCCAAGACCUUGAAGAUCCCGAGUACACUCCUGGACCAACCGGAAGAGUGGAUUGGGCCAUUUCAAAUUACAACGGCACGCGCGAGAGCCCGAAUCGGGAUCUUGUCAUGAAGUCACCCAUUGCGAACAUUGGCGGCUUCGAUUGGCAGAUCAAGUUUUACCCUCGGGGAAACGAUUCGGAUUUCUUAAGCAUAUAUGUUGAAUGCUUGUCGGUGGCACGAAAAGAGAACCAGAACGAUGCACCCACGUCUGGAGCAGCGUUGGGUGAUAAUUCCGAGACAUACACGUCAAGCGCUAAACCCCGCCCGUCUUCCACGGCAAACCCAACACAGGAACAUCAGCAAGGCCCAAUUCCUCUGCUCACCGAAGAGCCAGUACCCAAACGGCGAAGUGUUGCCGCGCAAGUCUCUGUUGUCCUCUACAAUCCCGCCGAGCCACGAACGAACUACUUUCGACAAUGCUCACACAGGUUCUGCCCAGAUUCUCCAGAUUGGGGCUGGACUCGCUUUGCUGGCCCGCACUUUGAAAUCCACUAUCGACAGCGGGGCCAGCGCCAGCCGUUGCUUCGAAACGACAAGCUGGCAAUCAGUGCUCACAUCCGGAUUAUCAAUGAUCCAACUGAAUGCCUGUGGGAGCAUCACAACCGGGACAACAGAUGGGACAGCUUUGCAAUGACGGGUCUACAAGGGUUGGCGGAUUCAGAGUACGAGUCGCACGGCGGAAGCCUGAUUGCCGCAAUCUCAUCCUGGAUGUUGCUCAAGCCCUUCCGGCAAUUCCUCUACGAGCUCAAACUGGCCGAUCCCGUCCAAGACGCUAGGUCAAGGCCAAAGCCGCUUCUUUCUGCUCUUCAGAGGACGAUCUACAAGUUACGAACUGAAGUUCUCCCUGGAUGUGGUCCGGUAGACUUGGACGAUAUUGCAGACGCACUGGAGUGGUACGGGACCGAUUCGUGUCUGGGCAAGCUGGACGUCAUUGAAAUUUGGGAGACCUUGCGAGCGAAGAUUGAGUUUGAAUUGGCGGAUACUCCUUGCAAAGACAGGUUCAGGGAUCUAUUCGGGCCAGAAAGAGAUCGCAUGAUGAAUAUUCCAACGUAUCGCGCACCGGUCACGGAUUGCCCAGACAUGCAGGCUGCAAUCGACAAGUCGAUCAACCUGGUCCAGCCAGGCGUUCCACUCCCAAAGGUUCUGCAUGUGGAGCUGGAACGACAAGAGUUCAACCGGGAACGUCGGUCAAUGCGAAAGCUGGCAGAUAAGGUGAAGUUGUUGGAGAAAGUUACCAUCAACAAGACAGCCUAUAUCCUCUAUGGCUUCAUCGUCCACAAAGACAGCCUUCAGUCCGGAUCGUACUAUUCGGUCCUUCGGCCGAGAGGUCCUGGAGGCAAGUGGUACGCGUACUACGACGGCAAGGAAGAGAACCGCGUGGUUUGUUUGACUAGAAAACAGGCAGUCGAGGCGCAUGAAGGCGGUGGCUCGGAAAAGUCGGCAGUGGCCUAUAUUGUCAUGUACGUCCGCCAAGACGUUGUUCCGAAGCAGUUCAGCAAAGAUGAGCCAAAAUGGGAGGUACCUCAAUGGUUGAAGAACCGCACCCUUGGCGGCCGUAAGCAGACAAUUUUUGAGACGACGGAAGAGACUUUGGACUACGAAGUCUUUGACUCUACUGCUUUUACUCAACACGAAGGACCUGGGGUCAUAGACCCUUGCGAUCCCAAGUGGGAGAACUCUCCCCACCGCACUCAUAUCAAUCUCCCUGCAUCGGCAUCUGCAAAGGAUGUCAAGAACGCUCUGGCACACCACUUCCACGCCAAGGACCCUCGUCAGGUUAAAUUUUGGUUUCUCGACCACACUAAUGGCACGUCCCAUCGACCGACCAUGCGCAGCAGCACGAUCGAUGACCUCCGUGAGGCUCCAGACUAUGAUUCGACUUGGACACUCAAAACUGCGGCAGAGCAUCGGCCAGAACGCAGGAUGUGGGUACAUGUGGUCGACUUCGCGGAUCUGCCUGAACUGCCAAAGCCAAUCUCCUCGGUCAACGAGGUUUCCGGGCCCGGCAAUUCAAGGAAUACAGCGGCAGGUUCCAAUGAAGACGCUCCCAUGAACGAUGCGGAUGAUAGCGGCAAUCCGACGGAUGAGCAAAUGGAUCUCGUGAUUACCGAGGGUCUUGCUGCUCAGGCUGCUCGCCAACACCCUGUGGAUGUCACUAUUGAUCCAGCAUUUACGCUUCCUCGACCACCUCAACCCUCAGUGGCUGACAGUAGCGAUACCGAAAUGGCGAACAACAGUGAGGCCGUACACGUUAUGCCUCCGCCACCACCUCCACCAGUACCCGCAGACUUUGUGACUCCGCCCCUCCAAUCAAUCGACAACGUGGUUGUAAUAGCAAAUUCGAGUAUUCCUCCAUUCGAUUUUGCAGUUCCUCCCCCAAUCACCCACAAUCCCACUGUUUCCCACGACGACAUCUAUUUCUUCUUAAAGGAGUUCGACCCGGAGACUCAGACAUUGAGGGCUCGCAAGACGGUUGUUGCCAAGAAGAGUGAUCGAAUUGACCAUUCGGUCUUUGAUGCUCUGGAAUGGCCACACGAAAUUCCGUUUGACAUCUACGAGGAAGAAGCGCCUACAGUCGCUACCAAGCUCCAGCGUAAUGGUGUGACCUUCAGCCAGGCCGGUAUACACAGCACGGCUAUCCUCAUCGCACAGAUGCGUCUCAGCGCUGAACAACGUGCUGAGUUGGCAAGUCGUGCCCUAUUCUCAGACCCAGGGGAUUACAUCGUGCACGCAACUGCUGCCCGCUUUGCCACACCUACUGCUCCGCUGACAGGGCACUUCACCAUGGACUACUUCAGCUCGGAGCAUUAUAUGGGUAUGCUCGUUCGCGGACGCCCACACGGAACCGGACGCCACCUCUACUUCGAUGGAGGCGAGUAUGUCGGCUCCUACCGCCUUGGCCAGCGCCAUGGCAACGGGCGUCUCACGUACCCCAACGGCGAUGUUUACGAGGGUGAAUGGGCAGCAAAUCUGCCAGAAGGCCGUGGAAGCUUUAUCGAAGCUGAGACUGGAAACUCAUACUUCGGCGGCUGGAAGGCAGGCAAGAAGUUCGGCGAGGGCGUCACGCACUGGAAGAGCGCGCAGGAAAUUGAACGUCUUUGCCGCAUUUGCUGGGAGGAUAGCGCGGACGCCGCCUUCUACGACUGCGGACACGUCGUUGCAUGCCUGAGCUGCGCGCGACGGGUGGACACGUGCCCAGUAUGCAGGAGAAGGGUUCUAAGUGCGAUGAAGCUUUACUUUGGCAACUAA